AUGACUCCUGGCCGUCCGGUGCGUCAUCAGUAUAAUUCAGACGACGAUUCAGACGAUGGCGACGAUUUGGAGGAUGGCAAUACUACAUCUCGUGGACGAAGAAGAAGAAAUCUUUUCACUCGCAAAAUCCGAUUAUUUAUUCAAACGAAACUCGAAUCGUUUCGAGUGCGCGCGGAAGUGACUGCCUCGCAUCAAUCAUCCGCCGGGAGGAGAGAGUUGAUCGCUCUGUUUUCAUUUUUAUCCAUGAGCAUACUCGUCGUGUUCGCGCUGAUGAUUUGGUAUUCCUUGGGUGGUGGGAGUUUUGGUUCCUCUUCUUCUUCUUCUUCUUCUUCUUUUUCGGUUGAAACGAAGCGUCAUAUGACGAGCGCGUUACCGAAAGAGAUCGAGGUGAAGAUUGAGCAAUGGCAAAAGCUCGGUGGGAGACAGUUGUACGACCCGAACGAUGGUGGUGGGAUAUUUCCAAAGUUUAAAGAGCAACAGCCCGCGGUUGUAAAAAAGCAUUCUUCCGCUUCUUCCGGGACGACGCCCGGCGCCUCCUCUGAAGACGAAGACGAUAUCGUCGCCGUAGACAUCGAGGAUGAAGAAAAGAGUACCAACGGAAAAGGUGAUAGUAGCGCGCACACGCCGCAUGGGGAAGGUUGGAAAUAUUCCUCGUGGACGAAAACGUGGAAGGUGAAAGAUAUCGAGAAAACGGGGAUCGAGAGCGAGGAAAGAGCGGUUUGGUUUUCGAGGAAGAGCGUUCAAAAUCGCUUGGAUUUUUCAAAGUUUAUCGAUUGUAAACGAGACGCAGAAAAAGAUGACAAUAACGAUACGAAAACGACAAAACAAACGUCGUUCAAAGAAGGUGCGAUGAAACUAAUAAACGCCUUGCAUCAAGAACAGUUGGCGGUAACGCAGAAAAACUACCAAAGAAACGGCUUCAACGACACCGAUAAAAAACGCGUCGAAGAACUCUUCCCGCCGAAAUCUCCGUUUGUAAUAUGGAAGAAGCACGGUCCAUCCUCGCGAUUGGUCCAACCGACGUGCGCACUGGUUGGAAACGGAGGGGAGCUUCGCAAGUUCAACUACGGCGAUGCCAUCGAUAGUCACGAUUUAGUCGUUCGAUUGAACCAGGCGCCGACGAUGGGUCACGCCAUUUGGGUGGGAAGGAAAACUACCCAUCGCGCUUUGAAUCGAUUAUGGACGAGGCAUUACACGAGAAGUCCGCACCACAUCUAUCGCGGAUUCAUCAUGCCUAUAGAGCGAAAUUUAAGACUCGUCACUUUACGCUCAGAUAAAGAUGAGUUUACGAAGUUACACGAUAAAGUCCAAGCGGAGAGGAAAGAUGCGAGCGUGACGUAUUUGACCACCAGUCCGAUACGACACGCGAAAUUUUUGCUCGAAAAGUUUCGCGAAGAAGAGUGCGUGGAGAAACACAAAGGUCCGUAUUUUGGAGGGAACGUACCAUCCACGGGGUUAGCUAUGUUUAUGGUGAUGUCUAAAACGUGUAGCGUGGUGGAUUUAUACGGCUUUGGAGAGUCCAAAUCUGCCGCUAAGGAUGAGGAGGAAGAAGGAGAGGACGACGAUCCCGCCGCGGCGUAUAAAUACCACUAUUACAAAACCAGCGGCAAUCGCGCCGUCGGCGACGACGUCCACUGCUUCGAGUGCGAACGUUUAAUGUUGAAGAAACUAUACGACCAAAACGUUAUUUCGGGUUCUUUUUGCGGCGGAAGCGAAAAGCAAAAAGGCGAUUACGCGUGCGGAUGCAGGAAAUUGAAGUGUCAGCCUCGCCCGCUGCUUCAUUCUUCUUCUCCUUCUUCUGGUGAAAAUAACGACGACGAAAACGGCUACUGUCCGGACAAAAACUGUCACGCCGUCGAUGAUCGAGUCGCGUUCACCGAAGACGAACUCGGUCGCGCGCGAAGAGAAGUUGAGCGAUACGAACGCGACAGUAGAAAGAAGCACGAGAGAAACUCGUCGAACAAAGCUUUAAAGACGACGACGGCGUCGGAGAGAGCCAAUCGAACUUAA